CGGGCAGUUCCAGUCAGGAUUAAAAGUGCGCAGGCUGGGCGUCAGCUGUAGCUUUGUAACACACCACGCAGCUGCUUUGACAAUAACAGGCUCGGUGUCUCUCCAUCACCGCGCCGGCAGGGACACCGGACACUCGUCCCGCUUCCACAGAGCCGCACACGGGGACGUUUGAAGUGUUUUAUUGAGAGCUGACCCCCCCCCGCACGGAGGAAGUAGAGUGGUAUGUUCUGCGGUCAGGCUGUAGGGGGCGUGAAUGAGUCCUCCUGACUGCAGAGCCGAAGAUGACGCGAACAUGAUCAGUGCCGAUGAUGGCCUUUCCAAAAACCAGGAGACCCGGGACACCGGGUGGAGGAAGAUGCGUCCGUCCGAAACGCUGCACCUUCUGUCAGCCGUGGUGGUGUGGCUGGUCACGGGAACCACCAUCUCCAGCCUGAACAAAUGGAUCUUUGUGGUGUACAACUUCAGAUACCCGCUCCUCCUGUCGGCUCUGCACAUGCUCACGGCUAUAGUCGUAGGAGUCAUAAAGUACUGGUUUGUCCAAAACCAUGGCGUGGCAGAGCAGGACCUGACCCCCAGUGCCAAAUGUAAAGUGUUCCUGCUGAGCCUGACCUUCUGCGCCAGCAUCGCCUUUGGAAACAUCGGUCUCAACUACGUACAGCUGUCCUUCGCGCAGAUGAUCUACACCACCACGCCGAUCUUCACUCUGGCGAUCUCGUCUCUGGUGCUUGGCGAGCAGCACCACGUCCUCAAAUACACCGCCAUGAUGCCCAUAUGCCUCGGGGCUUCGUUCAGCAUCAUGGGCGAGGUUCAGUUUGAUCAGAAGGGUUGUCUGUUCGUGCUUGCUGCCACAAUGCUCCGGGGUGUCAAGAGCAUCCAGCAGAGCAUUCUGCUCCAGGAGGAGAAGAUCAACUCUGUCUUCCUGCUCUACCUGAUGGCCAUCCCCAGUUUUUGCAUCCUGGCUGUGGCAGCUCUGGUCCUGGAGAACCUGGCUGCUCUUCAGUCGCCCCACCACUACAACAGCCAUCUUUGGGGCUUCAUUGUGCUCAGCUGCCUGGGCUCUGUGCUCUAUAACCUGGCGAGCAGCUCCGUGAUCAGCCUGACAUCUGCUGUCACACUGCACAUCCUGGGCAACCUGAGCGUGGUGGGAAACCUGCUGCUCUCCCAACUGCUCUUCGGUAGCCAGCUUUCAGCACUCAGCUGUGUCGGGGCUGUGCUCACACUCUCUGGCAUGAUGAUUUACCAGAACUCGGACUUCAUUGUUGCAUACAUGGACUCACGACGUUCAAAAACCUCAAAUGGUAAGAUCUGCAACAGUGAGGCAGAACAUUAUUUAGGAUGCACCUAUGAAAGGUCUUCAAGCCUGGAUCUGUCCCAGGAGCCAUCUUCUUCCUCUGAAAUUUGCCAUUCUCCUGAUCCAUCUUUAGAACAGUAUGAUGAUUUUGAACCAUGGGAAGAACUCGAUCCUGUUCUAGAAUCAUCCCCAGAACUGUGCCAUGACCUAGAACCACCUUCAGAAUUUAAAGGUCUAGAACCCCCCUUAGAACUAGACCAUGGUUCAGAACCGUCCUUAAGACAUGUGCAAGACCCAAAAACAUCCACAAAACUAAACCCAGAUUUAAAACUAACCCUAGAACUAGUCUAUGACCAAGAACCAUCUUCACAAGACUACAAGCUAGAACCAACCUCAGAACUAGUACAUCUCCUAGACUUAUUUUUAGAACCAGUUCAUGACCUACAACCAUCCAUAGGACUAGUCUGUGAUUUACAACCAUCAGUAGAUUUAGUCCAUGACCUUCAACCAUCUUCAGAACUAAGCCAGGACCUAGAACAAUCUUCAGACUUAGUCCAGGACGUAGAACCAUCUUCAGAACUACUCCAUGACCUAGAACCUUUAUCACAACAAGACCAUGGUCUUGAACCAUUUUCAGAACUAAACCAUGAGCUAGAACCAACCUUGGAAUUAUUUCAUCGCCCAGUCCUGAAGCUAGAACAAUCCUCAGAACUAGCUCAUAACCUAGAACCAUUGCCAGAAAUACUUCAUGACCUAGAACCAUCAUCACGACAAGAUUAUGGUCUAGAAUCCUUUUCAGAACUAGACCAUGACCAUUUAAACCAACCUCCAGCACUGAACAAUGACAGAGAACCAUCCUCACUACUCAACCAUGAUUUAGAACCACCUCUAGCACUAGACCAUGCUCAUGACUUUGUCCAUGAACCGCAUGAGUCACCAUCUCGAGAACCCACUUUUGAAGGCCAAAGGGACACUGAACCAACAGCAAAUGUAGAGCUGCCUUCAGAACUAGCUCUAAGACCUGACACGAGGACAGAGGCGAGGUUCCACCAAAAAAUGGACUGAAGACAGAAGGACACACUGCUUACACAAGUGAUUGUCCUU